GUGCUGCAUCUCCACUGCACCCACAUGUCCUGCCUGCUCCGUGCCAGCUCUUGCUCUCCAGUUGCUCCUCAGAGGCCACGAGGGGCUGGCAAAGCCCUUGAGCAGGCACCAUGGACAGGUUUGAAAUGGCACCAUGAUAAGAAGAGUGUGAAAUGGUCCCAAGUCCCUGGGCACUGAGUCGAGGGGAAUUAAAGCCACACAGGCCACAAUUGCAGAGCUCCAACACAGCCCUGGUGCUGCUGGUGCUGCUGAAAUCAAAUCAACUUACAGAGGCCAUCACAGAAAUUGCCCUCUGGAGUGUCAAAUAAAAUGAAAAAAAAAAACCUCCAGGAGAAAGACAAACCUCAACUUCUUGACUCGCUUCAUUGCUUGCUCUGAGCAGCAGAAAAUGGGAAUGCCCAGAGGUAUUUGCAGCUGCUGCUGAUCCCAGCUGCAGCUCAGCCCUGUGCAGAGUCCCAGCAGGAAGCUGAGCCCAGCCCGGGGAGCUCACACAGUGUCAGGGAGAUUCUUUCUCUGAAUUCACUCAGCCUUGCAUUCCCCAGCUAGGCCUGGUUACCACCUCCUGUUUUCUUGGCUUAGAACAGCAACUGUGAAACCUUACCAAUGGCACAACUGCCCAGUUCACAGGGAAAAGGACAGAGAACUGGUAAAGUUCUCCAGACAUUCGUCCUGCUUUGCUGGAAAAGUCGUGCUGCACUCACAGGAUGGAAAUCCAAGAGAAGCUGGAGUUGCUGGCACAUCUUGGGACAGAAGCUGGACCUCGUUCUCCAUGAAAGGUUCUUCGAAAGAGCAGCUGGGACUGUGGAGAAGAUUGCUGGAAAACUGAAACAGCUUUCCAGAAGUGAAAUGAAAAUGAAAGAAACUAACCAAGAUGUUGUCCUCUAUUUCUUUCUAUGCUUCCCUUUUCCAUGUUGCACUACUUGUCCAUGCCAUUAAUUCCAAAGGGAUCUCAGCUCGAAGAUCGGUGACUUAGUGAGUUUUAGACACUCUGAAAUACCAUGGGCUGUACACACAGUUUGCCUUCCCCUGUUUUUGUUGUCAAGCAGUGCUGGAGACAUAAGUGCAGUGCUUGGGUCGGGCACGAAUCCUGCAGGCAGGGAAUGUGCCCCGGCAGUGUGUGAGCCUGAGCAGGGACAAUGCAGAGCAGCAAGCGAGGGGAUUCCUCCGGCACCGCGCAGGAGUCCGGACUCUGGGUCUGGGCUGCACAGGGCCAAGUUCCCGUGUUUGGACAGGCUCAGGGGCUGCCCCCGGGGCGCGCGGGGCUCGGCCGUGGAACGGACACGCGGACAAACGGCCCCGGGGCUUCGGCGGCAGCGGCGGCAGCGACUCUACAGAGUCUACGAACUUAGCGACCCUCCUCAUCUCUCGUUCCUCCUCUCCCUCUUCUACAUUCCUGCACUCUCUCCUGGUGUCCCUUUCCCGCUCUCCCCAGCCCCUCUCGGUGUCCCCGUCCCGGCCUUUCCCUCUCCCCCUGCCGGGCCGGGACAUGCCCCCGGCCCGCCCCCGGCCUCGGGCGGGGCUGCCCCGUCCCCGUUCCCGGGCGUCCCCCCGCGGUCUCGCCUGGGCCCGGUUCUGGCCGUGCUGGAGGUGGCGCUGCUGGGCCGGGAUCAGUGCCUGGGGCUGGGGCGGCAUCGCCACCCUUUGGCUGCGCCUGGUCUGGGCACGGCCUCGGCCCCGGUGCCGACCCCGAGCUUUGCGCCGCCUCCUCCCGGGCCCCGCGGAGGACACACGCGGCGCGGCCGCUCCCGCCGCCUCCGCUGCGGCUUCCCCGGCCCGAGCUCCGCCGCUCGGCAGCGCAGCCGCCGGCCCCGAACCGCCGGGGCCCGGCGCGGGUGGGGAUGCCCGGCCCGGGCCGCUCGGGGGGCGCUCGGGGGCCGUGUCUGUCCCCGGGCCGAGCGCUGACAGCCGCGUGUCGCCCGCAGGGAAGGCGCAGGAGGCCCUGCAGGACCGGUACCGGCUGGGUUCGCUGCUGGGGCGCGGAGGAUUCGGCAGCGUCUACUCGGGAACGCGACUGUCGGACGGCGCCCCGGUGGCCAUCAAAUGCGUGCCGCGGGAUCGCAUCCGGCUCUGGGGCGAGCUGCCCAACGGCGCCCGUGCGCCCCUGGAGAUCGUGCUGCUGGACAAGGUGUCCGCUGGCUGUGCUGGUGUCAUUCAGCUCCUGGAGUGGCUUGAGCUCCCCGACAGCUUCUUGUUGGUGCUGGAGCGUCCCGAGCGGUGCCAGGACCUGUCGGCUUUCCUGGCGGAGCGGAGGUUCCUGCCGGAGGAGGAGGCGCGGGCGCUGUUCCGCCAGGUGCUGGAGGCCGUGCGGCACUGCACCAGCUGCGGGGUCCUGCACAGGGACAUCAAGCCCGAGAACAUCCUGCUCGACCUGGCCACCGGAGAGCUCAAAUUGAUCGACUUUGGCUGUGGCGCCUUCCUCCAAGACACAGCCUACACCCAGUUUGCAGGAACCCUGUCCUACAGCCCACCAGAGUGGAUCCACCAGCAGCGGUACCACGGCGAGGCAGCAACGAUCUGGUCCCUGGGCCUCCUGCUGUACCACCUGGUCGUGGGGAAGCACCCGUUCAGGAGGGGCCAGCAGAUCAUCUGGGGCCGCAUCUUGUUCCCACGAUGGCUCUCUCCAGAGUGCCAGGAUGUCAUUAAGAGGUGUUUGUCCAUGCAACCCUUGGACAGGCCAUCCUUAGAAGACCUCUUCAAUGAUCCUUGGCUGCAGGGCGUUCAUCUGCCCUAGAAGAUGGGAGAGGUCCAUGUGCACAAUUGGAUCCAAAACCUGGCAGCUGGGGCCCUGGGCAGAACAGUGACAGACUGCUCUGGCCCCCAGGGAAGGAGGAGCCCCUGGAGAAGCUCUGUCAGGUGGGGCUGCUGCUGGAGACACCAAGGACAACCUCAGGGAUGACAAUCUCUUCCUCCACCUGGUCAGCAUCAGCUGAAGAUGAUGGAGUUUGAUUCUGGCACCUUCUUCAGAGACACGCUCCAUGCCCAAUCUGCAGGAGUGCCACAACUGAGCAAAACCUGGUGAGUGGAUGGUGUUCCUAAGGCAGUGCAGUCUGGAGCUGAUGGAUGAAGAAUUAAUUGCCCUUCUGCAUCUCCAAACCAGAGCAAAAAGCUAAAAACCUUCCUAAGAAAGGAGUGUCCUUUGCUGCUGGUUCCCGUGUGGAGCAGCUCCCUUCCCGCUGGCUGAGCUGCUCAGGCACAGCCCGGCAGCUCCUGGCCCUGCAGGGCUGAGGCUUUUCCCCGGUGCUGGGCACAGACUGAUGGAGCAGCACUGCUCAACACGGGCACACACAGAGGGAGCAGAAGCAGCUGCCUUUGCCCACCUGCAGCUCCAGGGCCCAAACUCUGAGCACACAGGGCUGGAAGGGACUGGCAGCUCCCUGUUUGCUGUGCUGCCCCACUUGUGCCCGGCCCAGCUCUGCAGCCCUGGGCUUUGUGCAAGGAACAGAGGUGAGGACUCCCUCUCCAUGUGCAGCUUCCAGGUGGAAAAGGCUGCUGUGAGCAGGCAGCUCCAAGGGCAGAGAAAGGAGGGUCCCCACCACUGGAUCUGUGCCACUUCCACCGUCCUGGGCAGCAGCCACUGAGCCCAGGGGAACAGAGGGCACAGCAAGAGGGACAAAACCAGGCAAGGUCAGAGCCUGGGAGGAGCCAGAGCUGGGAGCAGGAACAGCUGCUCCAUUGCACUCUUGGAGAAAGCUCUGGGCUGUUUGUGAGCGCUGAAAGGCGUGAAGGGCAGAGAGGAGGCCACAGCAAACAAUGCUCCUGUUUCCACACCCUCCCCUCUCAGUGUCCCAGAAGGAAUUGCAUGAACUGUGUUCUUCUCUCGGAGUCGUCUCGUUCAGCAUGAGCAGCUUUGCACCAGGAGCUGAAGGAGCCGAAGCCUUGGGCCACAAGAGCUGAGCAAGAGGGAACUUCUUGACCAAAGUGAUGCUGCUAACAUGGACCUGACUGAAUGCAGUAGAUAAAUCAUGGAAAUAUAGAAUCCUUUCUGUUGGAAAAGACCUCUGAGCUCAUCAAGUGGAAGUGUUAAACCAGCAGUGUCAAGCCCAGCACUAAACCCUGAAGAGCCAGGCCUGGACAAGAGGCCUGAGUGAGGCCUGAACAACGGGCCCUGAGCCAAAGGUGACCUCUGGAUGAACCUCCCAACCAAAGGGUAUCUUUGUAUCUGCUCCUUAACAAAAUAUGCAUGGUCAUUAGCCUUGUACUAGAUGUAUCCACUCCUUAGUGAAACAGGUCAUGAUCUUUCUGUAUUUAGAAGCCAGACAAGGCCAUGAAAUCUGACAUCUGGCCUUGUCUGGGGCUGUAUGGUCAAAGGCAACUCCCUUGGUUCCUCCCUGGGUCCUGGCCAGGCUUUGGGAGGGACCCAAGAGGAGGAUGAAACCAGAUGUUCCUGCACUAGAAGUGCUGUCAGUUUGUUUGUUCAGCUCUAUCAAAGCUGGGCCCUCUCACAGCCAGGCUGGAGCCUCAGCUGUGGCUGGAGGCACCUGCAGGAAUUCCCAGUGCCCGGGAGUGGCUCUGCAGUCCUUGGCUGUGACAGCUUCCCCCAGCUGAUGUGUGGGUGUGGGUGAUGGGAAAGUGUGAGGGCAACUGGUGAUGGAUCUUUCUUCAUCACUGUGGGCAAUCUUUGGUAGUGACGCUUGGGGGCAUUGCUGAGCUGCUCCUUUUGUGCUCCUUUGCUGCUUUGAGCUGUAGGAAAUGACACUGAUUCCUUCAGGGGGUGUCUGUGCCUUUGGUGCUGACCCUGCCCACUAGUGAAACAAAAUUGGCAUCGUUUGGCCAGAGCACCACAAAAUGUCACUUUUUCAAUCUAAAUGGGAGGAAUCAAUCCUAUCUGACAUUCCCAGAUGGGAAGCCCUUCCCUAGAGUUCUCUGGCUCUGGAGUGGGCUGAGGUGGGAGCGGAUUUUUGACAGGGGCCACUGCAUUAGAGGGUGUAAAGUGUCCCACCCUGGCUCUAAAAUGGCUCACUGCUCAGCCUGGGUGGGGACCACAGUGGUCGUUAAAAAGGAGAAACUAGAUGCCCUAAGAACCCUGGUACAGGAACAACUGGUUCAAGGACACAUAGAGCCAUCUAUGAGCCCUUGGAACACCCCAGUAUUUGUUAUAAAAAAGAAAUCUGGAUAGUGGAGGUUACUCCAUGAGCUGAGAAAAAUCCAUUCUGUGAUGGAGAGAACGGGCACGUUGCAGCCUGGUCUGCCAUCUCCUGCAGUGAUUCCUGCCUCCUGGGACAUCCUGACUGUGGACUUAAAGGACUGUUUGUUCACUCUUCCAUUGCACCCAGAGGACACCCCAAAGUUUGCCUUUACCCUGCCUUCUGUCAAUAAUGCUGCACCAGUGCAAGGUUCUCAAUGGAAAGUACUUCCCCAGAACAGGGGAAACAGCCCCACAAUCUGUCAGGGCUGUGCUGCUCAGGUACUCUCAUCAGUGAGAGAACCAUUCCCAGGGGCAUACUGUUCCCAUGACAUGGAUGACAUUUUGAUUGCAACCCAAAGCAAAAAUGAACUCUCCCUGAUUCAGCCAAGCCUGCUGCAAGCAUUAAAAACAUUUGGGCUGCAAGUAGCACCAGAGAAAGUGCAGCAGCAACCAGCCUGGAAAUAUUUGGGACUCAAAAUAAUGGACCAGACUAUACAGCCACAAACAAUUCCAUUUUCAACCAAAAUUCUAACUCUAAACGAUGCACAAAAACUCUUGGGUACCAUCAGCUGGGUCAGACCUUACCUAGGACUGACCAACUCUCAAUGAGCACCUUUAGUUGACCUCCUAAAGGGUGAUUCUGAAUUAACUUCCCCCAGAAAAUUAACCCCAGAGGCAAAAGCUGCUCUCCAAACAGCAGAGCAAGCUAGCACAAACAGACAAGUCCACAGGACAUGCCCAGAGGUGUGUAUCACUGUGUUUAUUCUCAUUGUUAAUUUUCAUCCUACUGGUAUUACUGGACAGUGGAAUACACACUGGCCUGAUCCUUUGCACAUUCCAGAAUGAAUGUUUCUACCUCAUGAUCCAAAAAAGAUGGCACCCACUGUCUUUGAACUAAUUGCACAGUUAAUUAUCAAAUGUUGUCCCAGGUGUUUACAAUUGAAUGCUAGAGCUCUUUCAAGAAUGAUCUUGUGUCUGUGACACAAGAGCAUUUUGAAUGUGUUUUGCUCACAGUACAGCCCUGCCAAGUGCUUUGCAAGGACAGUGGAAGGCUUUGGGUACCUGCCAGACGUGUCCGUCCUGCCUUAGGUCCUGUCCAAGAGCACAAGCAGCAUUCUCCUGAGGGCCCUCAUCAGACGCUGUGGAGCCGUGUGUGGAACAGGGACAGAAACAGCUUCUUCACCCACCUCAUGAGGAUCUGGGACUCUUCAAAUGACAGUUCACUGAAGGGUUCUAUUUGGUUACAAACUGUUGUUCUGUUUACAAGGUGUUUUUUCUGAUUACAAAUUGCUUUUCUGUUAAUUGUUUUUUCUCCCAGUUUUCAAAGUUGAAUGUUUCCUUGUUUCAGUGCUAAGCUGUAAUUUGUACCCAUAAGCGUUAACCUGUCCCAUGCUUGCCUAGAAGAUUGUGAUCUGGCCUGACAGCUCCUGGCAGUGAGUGCUGGAACUCCAGGGCUACAUGGGACACAUCACUGGCUGAGGAGGAUGAAGUUGGACAAAACCUCCUUCAAAUUAAACCCAUGCUGUCUGCUGUAACCCCAUCUGUAAAAGGGCCCUUGCAAAUGGGAUAACAGCAAACAAUUGGCAUUUGAAUCAAAACCAAGGGAGGAGAUGUAGCAAGGUCCAGCUGGUUUACAGCUGGACAUAAUGAAUCUGACCAUAAGAGACCCAACUGGGCUGGCCUGGCUUGUUCUAGAAGUGCCAUGGGGAACAAAGAGCUCAGGCAACCCCAUCCAAGCCCUGGAUGCAGACACAGCACUGGCCAGAGAUCUGGGCAGGGCACAGAUUCCCAACCAGCAGGCUUCCCAAGGCUGGGAAAUUCAAACUCACUAUCAAAGGGAGCUUGGAACAAUAAAUUGUGGCUGUUGGUCUGAGCCCAAGAAGAUCCUGUGUCGUGUGUCUCUCUCCAACACACCAGCCUCAUGUUACACUAUAUCUAUAUCUAAAUCUAUGUUUCUCUCUGUAUCUUUAUGUAUACAUUGAAAAUCUCUUCAGCUUCUCUCAUUAGACCUUUAUUUCAUUACUGCUUUGAUUGCACACCUCUUUCAGGCAGGCUUCUCCUCUCUCCUUGCCUGCACUUGUCAGGCCUGAGAAGAGAAAUUUUGUCCAGCCUUGGGACAGUUCCCAUCAUCUAUCCCUGCUCCUAAUGCUGCUUUGAAUGAUCUUGGGAAUCUGAGCAUGAGGGAAACUGGGGGGACUUUAGUGAGAGCAGAAGUGAGACACAGAGGCCGAAGUGUAAAUGCAGAGGCUGGGUUCCCCCAGUCUGCAGUGCUGUGGGGAUUGGGGCCUUGCAAACUGCUGUUUUUCUCUGUCAAUGGCUGAUUCCUUCUGUGGAUCUCCUCCUGGAAUUCCUGUGCACUAGGGCUGGUGCUGGAGCUGCAGCCACACCAGGUGCCCAAAAGCUGUGUGGGAGCCAGUGGGAAUAGCA